AUGUCCUGGAAACUUACCAAGAAGCUCAAGGAGACGCACCUCGGUCCAUUGACUGGCGCCUUCUCCCGGACGCCCUCGACGUCGACCAUCACCGACAAGGACGACAAAGGCCGCUCCAGUACCUCUACUGGCGCCACCACACCAACCCCGGAGAGCUCAAUCGCCGCCUCAGAAGCCUUGACACAAUCUCCCAUUGUGAAACUCCCAAAGCCCGGCAUCCUCGUCGUCACCCUCCACGAAGGCCAAGGUUUCUCACUCCCCGAUGCGCACCGAGAAGCCUUUGCUUCACAACACCAAGGGUCACUCUCCUCUGGGAAUGCCCUGAGUGGAUCAGUCCGACCCGGGUCGUCGCAGCGAGUGGCGGGAUCCUUGGCUAACGGCUCAGCCAGGCCACACUCGUCGGCCGGCGGCUUCAGUGGCAUCCCUACCAACCAUGGGCGUGUCUCUGGAAAGUACAUGCCCUAUGCGCUGCUCGACUUCGACAAGCUGCAGGUGUUUGUCAAUUCGGUUGAGGGCAACCCGGAGAACCCGCUGUGGGCGGGCAGCAGCACACAGUACAAGUUCGACGUGUCACGAGUGACGGAGCUUGUCAUCCACCUCUACAUGAGAAACCCGUCAGCGCCUCCGGGGUCGGGCCGAAGUCAAGACAUCUUCCUGGGAGUCGCUCGAAUCAACCCCCGAUUCCAGCCUCGACAACACCAAUCGGAGGACCCCAAGGCUAGCAAGAAGGACAGAGAGAAGUCUGCUUCAGACUCGCUACAGGAGGGCUUCAGCGGCGUGCAGUGGGCGGAUGUUCAAUACGGCACCGGAAGAAUCAAGGUUGGGGUUGAGUACGUGGAGACUCGCGAGGGAAAGCUCAAGAUCGAGGAUUUUGACCUUCUCACCGUGAUCGGCCAGGGCAGCUUCGGCAAGGUGAUGCAGGUGCGCAAGAAGGACACAAACCGUAUCUAUGCGCUCAAGACUAUCCGAAAGGCGCACAUCAUUUCCAGGUCAGAGGUUGCACACACAAUGGCGGAACGGUAUGUGCUGGCACAAAUCAACAACCCAUUCAUCGUGCCCCUCAAGUUUAGCUUCCAGUCUCCCGAGAAGCUGUACUUUGUCUUGGCCUUCGUCAAUGGCGGCGAGUUAUUCCAUCACCUGCAGAAAGAUCACCGUUUCGACGUUAAUAGGUCGCGAUUCUAUACCGCAGAGCUCCUUUGCGCCCUCGAGUGUCUGCACGGGUUUGGCGUUAUCUACCGUGAUCUCAAGCCCGAGAACAUUCUACUUGACUACCAAGGUCACAUUGCCCUUUGCGAUUUCGGACUCUGCAAGCUCGACAUGAAGGAUGAGGAUCAAACAAAUACCUUCUGCGGCACACCGGAGUACCUGGCGCCAGAGCUACUGAUGGGACGGGGAUACAACAAAACGGUGGAUUGGUGGACUCUGGGAGUCCUUCUCUACGAGAUGUUGACAGGUCUCCCACCCUUUUACGAUGAAAACACCAACGAGAUGUAUCGCAAGAUUCUGUCUGAGCCUCUUCAUUUCUCCGACGCAGUGCCACCGGCGGCUAAGGACCUCCUUACGAAGCUGUUGAACCGUGACCCCGAGAAACGACUGGGUGCUAACGGAUCUGCCGAGAUCAAAGCUCACCCCUUCUUCCAUGCUAUUGACUGGAGGAAGCUGCUGCAGCGCAAGUAUGAGCCGACAUUCAAGCCCACUGUGACCGAUGCACUUGAUGUGGGCAAUGUCGAUCCCGAAUUCACAUCGAAGCCGCCCCAGGACUCCUUCGUUGGGGGCGACGCACUUUCGCAGACCAUGCAGGAUCAGUUCCAGGGCUUCAGCUACAACCGCCCGAUCGCCGGACUAGGUGAUGCCGGAGGAAGUGUUAAGGAUCCUUCCUUUGUUGGAAGUUUGCAGGACAGACGAUAA